UAGGGUCUCACAAUAAUGAAGGCGUAGAUCAGUAUUAUUGUAUUAUUGGGGUGUUUUUGGUUUGAUAACAUCCGAAGCUUUUUCCUAAUAGUUCUACAGUCUGUAUCAAACCAGUUGUUUUCACUCUUGUUUUUGGUUUAUUCAUGGUUACCUUCAGUUGAGCUGUUUUUGCAGUUUGCCUGAUUAUAUUGUUAAUAUUUUUCACUGCUAGAUUAAGGCCUUCUUUAUUGUAAGAGUAUGUGGAGUUCAGAAAGUUAUCUAAAAGUGUUUGGAUUUUGGAGUUAUUGAUUGCUUUCUGGUAUUGUUCUGCACUGUUUUGGUCCCUUUUGGUUCUAAUGUUGUACAGCUUACUGGGUUGCGUGUGAAUGAUCUGUAUGUCUGAUCUUCUGAUAAACAGGGUUAUUUGACUGUGAUCAGACAGAGGGGUUAGUGGUUUGACUGUGAAUGAGCUGAGAGAGAAAUGGUCGAUGUCUGUCAUCAUAUAAUCUAUGGUACUGUGGCCAAGAGGUGAGCAACAGGUGAAUCUACCCAGGCUGUCCCCCCUUACCCUACGGUUGACAAAGUACAGACUGAGGCUUCGACAGAGCUGUAGGAGGUCCCUUCCGCUCCCUUUUCUCUCUCUCUCUCCCUCUCUCUCUCUCUAGUCUCUCUCUCUCUCUCUCUCUCUUCAAAGCUCGACUCUAAAGUGCGCUCGAGACAAGAGUUGUUGUUCUUUCCGCCUGGUGGCUCCACGCGCCGAGCCUCCUCGUCAUCACCAUCAUGCCUCGAGGAUUCCUGGUGAAGAGGAACCGGCGGUGUUCGGCGUCAUACCGGGCACGAAAUAACACCAACGCUAAACCUGAACCAUACUACGGUGACCGGAGCACCGGGGAGCAGAACUCUGGAGGAGUGACCACACCGGAGACUCCACCGGAGCCGGUAAAGGAGACCACCGACGCGCCGGUGGUGUUGAAUGUGUUCCCGUUCCCAGACGGACUGCUCCCGGUGUCCCGCGAGGACUCCGCCAAUGUCAGAGGCAGAGAAGCGUGGAGCCUCCAGCACGUGGAGUCCGCGCUGGAGGCGGAGGCUGACCGGCGCGCGCAAUUACCAGAGACCGAGGAGCAGGUGAGCGAGGUGGACGUCCUGACCCCGGAGAGUGACUUCUCCUGCUUCUUCACACCUCCUCCUCCUCCUCUACCUCCACGCGACCUGACUUUAACAAGCAGCCCCGUUAAACCGGUCGGCACGAGACUACCGGAGCACCCCGGUGACAGAGAGAAGCAGCAGCUGUUCACCGGUAAGUUACCGGAGUUACCGGAGCUGCCGUUCCUGGUGAGCUCCACGCAGACCUCCGUGUCCGCUUCUAUCGAGAGGCUCCUCAGCCGCCACGCGCCGUCCUACGGUCACACCGACAUGGGUCACGCGCACCUGUUCCCGCCGCCGACGCUGAAGCGCUCGUUCCUUGAACCGACUCAUCAACACAGACACAUCAAACAGUCUCCGGUAAAGAAACCCAAAGUGCACCGGAAGCUGAACUUCGAGGACGAGGUCACGACUUCUCCGGUUCUGGGUCUGCGCAUCAAGAAGGAGAGUCCGGAGAUGCGGAGGCUGCAGCGGGAGAAGUCCUCGUCGUCCGGCGCCUCCUCCAACGGGAACCAGCCGCUCGGUGAGUUCAUCUGCCAGCUGUGCAAAGAGGAGUACCUGGACCCGUUCUCCCUCGCGCAGCACAAGUGCUCCCGCAUAGUGCGCGUGGAGUACCGGUGUCCCGAGUGCGACAAGGUCUUCAGCUGUCCCGCCAACCUGGCGUCGCACCGCCGGUGGCACAAACCGCGUCCGGUGAACAACAACCAACAAGCGGGAGAGACUCCGACAAACAAGAGCCAGCCGGUAAAAGAGGCGCGAGGCGGGCUCGUGCAGCCGGUAGAGAUGGAGGAGAAGGAGAACGAGCUGCUGCGCGUGAACACCAAUCAGCACCACGCGCUGGACAGCUCCCGCAUGAUGAGGCGCGAGCCCUCCUCGCUGCUGCUGCUGCACGCUCGGUCCCGGGACAGCACCGACAGCAUCCUCGCGCCUCCUCCUCCUCACUAUGACUCCUCGCUCCAUUACCGGAACCCGGUAGAAAGCUGUCUUGACCUGCAGACCGGUACCGGGAACAGCCCGCCCUCGAGCCUCCUUCUGCUCAACCCGGAGGAGCAGCGCGCGGACCUGCCGCCGUCGCUCCCUCCGUUACCGUUCGUGCAGUCCUUACCGGAGGAGGAGGAGGAGGAGGAGGUGUACGAUUGCCGGUACUGCGGGAAGAAGUUCCGCCGACAAGCUUACCUGAAGAAACACCUGGCCGCGCACGAGAUGUCUCCGAACCCGUACGGCCAUACGGCGCGCGAGACCCAGAGCCAGGUGUUCCUGUGUCACCUGUGCGGCGCGCGCUUCCCGUCGGUUGAAAUCCGGGACAAGCACCGUCUGUGGCACGCGAUGCGGGACGAGCUGCUGGCGGGAACGGGACUGAGACCGGACGUGUUCCACGCGCAUGGAGAGGAGAGCGGCGUGGGGGAGCUCGAGCAGCAGCAGCAGCAGCAGCAGCAGCAGAUCUUCACGUGCAAGCACUGCCCGUCCACUUUCUUCAGCUCUCCGGGGCUCGCGAGACACAUCAACAAGACUCAUCCCGGAGAGACCCGGCAGGUGAUGCUGCUGCAGAUGACCGUGCGGCCGUGAAGAGACUCAGACUCAAACAAACAGAUUAUCUGGAGAAUGAUUGUCAGAACGGGAACUUAUUAAAACUGUGACUGUUAGUUGUUUUCAUUCACAUUGAAGUAGAUAUUUAUAUAUAAAGUAAGGCCAUGGUUCUGCUGUAGACUGGGACUGAGGCCUGUUUGUUCUUCAGUUGUUGUCAAAAAGCAAAACGUUUCUCACUGUGUGUUACAGGAUCUGGAUCACUGUUUUGUUUAAAGGUCAGUAAGCAUCUUGACUUCUAAAUUGUUUCAUAAAUGUCCACAUACGAUACACUGACACAGACAUAUCAGAUGAAUCAAAAGCAAAAUGUUAACAACACUUUGCUGUGUCACUGAAACUAGACAAUAUAGCACUGUCAGUGGAGCUGGAGCUGUCCAUGGUGCUGAAACUAAAUAAACCACCAACUUGUAGGAUACAAAUAAAACCAGCAAAUACAGAUUUCUUAAGGCACUUUGUAUGAGACAUGAGGGAGACAGAUCUCUUACAACUCAUAACAACAAUUAUAUUGUACAUAAAUUAAGGAAAUUAAGGUAAUAAACAUAAAACACAUUAUAAAACAUGUACAACUAACAUUCAGAAACAACUCAUGUGCCACAACGUCUUAUGUAAUUAUCCAUGUAAAUCCAAAUUAUUGACAGAUAGAUCAAACUUAACCUGCUUUAUGUUGCAUCCUGUCCAGGGUGCUGACAGCAUGUGUGCACACACACUUCUGUAAUCUCCCAAAGGUUGUUCAGUCUUUACAACAAGCAGGAGUGUAAUAUUAUAAUGAGUGGGAAACUAUCUUGCUUUUUGAAGAAAAAAAAGGGACAUUUUCAUUUAUUGGGCAGGUGACAGAUCUAAGAUGAUUUAAUAAACUUACAACAGGAAUAUUAUGAUAGAAUAAACCGGAGGCAAAUUAAAGUGACCCUUAUUCAAAGGGGCUAUUUCUUCUGUGGAAAUCCUUAGAGCAAAACACAUUAUGUCUCAAUUAGGGCUGUCAAUUGAUUCAAAUAUUGAAUUGCAAUUAAUUGCAUGAUUGUCCAUAGUUAAUCGUGAUUAAUCGCACAUUUUUUUUUCUGUUAAAAAUGUACCUUAAAGUUAGCCUCAGUCAGUUUAAUUUCAAUCAUUUCACCCCACAUUUUAUUACACGGAAGCCAGUUUCUGCCAGAAAAAAAGGACUAAAAUAAAAAUUCUGAUGAGUGAAAACUAGGGCUGUCAAUCGAUUAAGAUAUUUAAUCGCGAUUAAUCGCAUGAUUGUCCAUGAUUAAUUGUGAUUAAUCGCACA